CUCACCGCUACUCCCUACACUGUGCCUGCCUGCCUGCUGCGCUAGGCUAGCCCAUUCACUGCGCGCGGCCGACCUCGCCUCGGUAUCUCCUCCUCCAUUACUCCACACCGCACCUUCGUGGAAGGGAAGGGGAGGGCUGGGAGCAGAGAGGGGAGGAUGAAGAAGGGGGGGCUGCUGCGGUGCGUGUCGACGGGGGCGUGCAGGGUGGCGCCGGGGGCGGUGGCGGAGAUGGCCAUCUCGCCGUCGGCGUCGGGGAAGGUGCCGGCGGGGCACGUGCCGGUGGAGGUGGGCGCGGAGGGGGAGGAGACGGAGCGGUUCCUCGUGCCGGCCGAGCUGCUGGGCCGCCCGCCCAUCGCCGAGCUGCUCCGACGGGCCGCGCAGGAGUACGGCUACGCGCGCCGCGGCCCGCUCCGCAUCCCCUGCCCCGUCGCCGCCUUCCGCCGCCUCCUCGGCGCGCUCGCCGGCGGGGACGACAGGGGCCUCACGCCCGUCUACUACGCCGUCGUCGUCUGAUCCACGAGCUCGUGGCCGUUAUAGCUUAAUCUUUAGCGUGGUCUUGUCCCGUUUCUUGAGGGGUGGUGGCCGGUGCAGGGUUGUGUGCAUGUGUGUUGUGCUGUUGGGUGGUCGAGUUGUGCGUGCCUUCUCGAUCGAGGGCUGAGGCUUCUAGCUAGACUCCGUUUGGGACUCUUUAGUUCUUCUUCUUCUUCUUCGGUUGUUGCUACUUUUCCUCUCUCUUUUUCUGGGAAAUAAUACGUAUGUAAAUUUGUAAAUCCAGAUCUACGAUGAGAUGCUACUGAAUUCUAUGA